AUGAGCUCCGAUCCUUUUCUUUCCUACCACGGAUCAUGGGACAUCUCCAGAGGGUCCCGAACCAAGACCCACUAUUUCUCCUCAUCUCCUCGCAAUGUCCAGUCUGGGAAGAAAGUCCUCAGGCUGAGCUCUUCCCCUCUACCUUUCCAUCUUCAGGACGGCCCGGGCAUGGAUUUAACCCAGGUCAGCUCGGUGAAUUCGGAGCUAUUGGAGACGAGGACGCUAGAACGGGAGCAACUUGUGGGUUUGAACGACCGCUUUGCCACCUACAUUGAGAAAGUCAGGUACUUGGAGCAGCAGAACAGAGCCCUCCUGUCUGAGCUGGAGGUGCUGAGCACCAGACAGAGCACCCCGUCCCGUCUCCAGGCCGUGUUCGAGGGGGAGGCCCAAAACUUGAGGGCAAUGAUCAAGGCGGAGAGCGGAGAGAAGAUGAGGAUGGAAGCAAAUCUGGUUUACCUGCGCGAUGUGUGCGGACAGACAAAGGAGAUGUUCGAUAAGGAGGCCCGCAGGAGACAGGAGGCGGAGGAGGAGCUGCAGAGGGUGCGAGAGGAGGCCACCAGGGCCCUGCUGACACACUGGGAUGCCCAGGCGGCUGUGGGGUCUCUGUGCGAUGAGCUGCUGUUCCUGAAGAAGGUGUACACAGAGGAGCAGGCGGAGCUCCAGGCACAGCUGCAGGUGGCAAAUAUCUGUGUGGAGGUGGAGGUGUCCCGGCCUGACCUGUCCACCGCUCUACGGGACAUCCGCUCCCAGUACGAGCGCCUGGCCCAGAGCAACAUGCAGGCAGCGGAGGAAUGGUAUAAGAACAAGUUUGCCAGUGUGGCAGAGGUGGCGAGCAAGAACAACGAGGCCGUGCGUGCAAUCAGAGAGGAGACCAUGGAGUAUCGCCGGCUGCUUCAGAUGCGCUCGUCCGAAAUAGAAGGUCUAAAGAACGUCAUCGGGUCCCUCACCAAACAACUGCAAGAACUGGAGAACAUGCAGGCCAAAGAGGUGGCACGCUACCAGGAGAGGAUAUGUGACCUGGAGAGUGACAUCACCGAAGCCAAGCAUGAAAUGGCUUGUUACCUGAAAGAUUAUCAAGACCUGCUGAAUGUGAAGAUGGCCCUCGAUAUCGAGAUUGCAGCGUACAGGAAACUUCUGGAAGGAGAGGAGGUUCGCCUGGCUUACCCAUCACUUCCUGCUCUCAACUAG